GGCGAUCACACUAUGUAAUCAUUGGUCUGUUGAUUUGCAAAAAAUCCCGCGUCUUCCCGUCACCCGUGACCACCCUGCUGAGAAAAACCUCCCCCUAGAUAACUGAGCAUGACCGCGGAAUCAUUAUGGAGAUACCCAAUUUAUCGCUCUGUGCUUUUCCCCCUUGCCUUGCCUUGACUUUCGGUGGUUCUCCAACUAGUCCCCUUGUAUACUGUACUGUGCAUCGUCCAUCUUUGGCAGCUGGCAAUGGUUCCCAAGCAGAGCGUCCUUGCCGUCCUGUGCGGUCUAACGCUCGUAUCGGCGCAGAAUUUUACCGCACCAGUUCCCUCUUACACGGCGACAUAUCUUCCUGCGAACGUCCCCAAUAAGACGGAGCAGGGUCAAUUGGGUUACAACAACUGUGGGAACAGCAGCUCGCAGGAUAGUUUGUGCCAAGACAGUUAUCUCAAUGCUUGGAAUGAUUUUUGUGUCUGGGCUCCACCUUCCAACACAUCUUCUUUUGGGAAUUCCUCCAUUGGAAACACGGAACGUUUUGUCGUGUCUUGGUGCUUGAAGAGUGGAUAUGGAACGCGGCUCAUCCCGAAAGAUACAGUGACUGGCGCUCAUUUCGUCAUCACACCAAAUUACGUCCAGAUUACCGGUGUCGGAAGGCUAACGUCUAUGAACAUCCCCGAUGGUGACGAGGGUGGAGAACUUGAUCCUCAUGGUUCCGAUGGCCUUGGUAACCCAAUUGGUGGCCUCUUCUUUGGAAGUGCUAAUAAGGGCGUGAUGCGGCAAUACCACGAGUGGAUAGAAUUUAUAAGCUAUAACACGUUCUGUGCACGAAUUUGCAUUGAUCAGCCAGGUUCGACUCAGUAUUGUGAACAUAUCUACGAUGUGAUGGGUUGCUUAUGGAACAUGCCCGGAAAUUACAGUGAUGGUUUCUCGUCAUGCCAUGGUGAUUCCACUGAACCCAUGGGUCUUUAUGUUGCCAAUGGCACUACGUCCACCUUCCACCAAGGACAACCAACCACACCCCUUGCUCACCCAGCGGGCGCUUCAUCCUCCUGUACCUACUUCGCGUCACUGAACACCAAGAACAAUCCGUCACCUUCUCCCAGCUCGGGCGGACUCAGUACCACCAGUUCAAAUACCAAUACGAUCACGACUAAGCCAUCUGUGACGAGCACUGGUUCUACCGCUCGCCUAACUUCGACGACCAAGGCAGGGGAUGCGCCAGCUCGUUUGGCGGUGAUGUUUGGCUGGGGUACCUUGAUUAGCACUUGUAUGCUAUUCGGCGCAUCGCUUGCUCUCUUGUGAAGAGAUAUCGUUCCUGCUAUUUAUUUAGCAAUGUGCGGCCUUAGCAAUCUUCUCCCCUUUGUCUUUGUGCUUGUUCGCCACUGUUUGCAUUCCUGAACUUUCCGUGUCCCCCUGGAACGAUAGAUAGAAUAGCUGGAUACAAGCCUGGCAUGCCAUUCUAUACCUUUUGCAACGUUAUCGCCCGUUUUCCUGCUCGACCCGGCUCGUUCAAGACAUUUUUGCCAUCUGUUCUUUAUCUUUCGACUGCUAUUUUUGCGAUGUAGCCUCCACUGCAGAGUGUCUCUGACCAAUUGGAGUUAGUCUUAGUGCUGAGACUCGCUUUGGCCAUAUCACUUCAUAUUGGUACAUUGUUUCAUAUCGACGAAUUGCUCAAGGCUCGAAACAAACACCAGAAA